AUGAUGAAAGCCGUCGAGGUCCUCGGCACAAAGGCCAACCCCGAAGUCACCCUCAACCCCGCCGUCCCCAAGCCAUCUCCCAAAAACGGCGAGAUCCUCAUCAAGGUCCACGCCGCCGGACUGACAGGAGACGAAAUCACCUGGUGGGAGCUUUGGGAACACCCGAUCCGCAUCCCAGGGCACGACAUCUCAGGCCAAGUGGCCGCUCUGGGACCCGAGUACAAGGGAGACCUCAAGGUCGGAGACGACGUCUUCUCCAUGAUCCACGGCUGGAGAGGGCUGGGCCAGGCAGAGUAUGCCAUUGUCGAGAGCGCAGAGGUGGCGAGGAAGCCGCAGAGCCUGAGCCACGCGCAGGCUUCGGCGCUGCCGAUCCCGCUGUUGACUGCCUGGGAGGCUGUCUUUGAGCGCGCGCAGGUGCAGCGCGGGUGGAGGGUUCUCGUGACGGGGGCGUCGGGGGCGGUGGGCGUGAUUGUCGUGCAGAUGGCUUCGAGGCUGGCUGGGGCUGAGGUUGUGGCUCUUGCGAGCGAGCAGCAUCAUGAUUCCCUGAGGAGGCUGGGUGCGAGUCGGGUCGUUGACUAUAACACGCCGAAUUGGGAGGAUACCAUUAGGGGUGUUGAUGUUGUUAUUGACACGGUUGGGAGCCCUGUUCUGGGGAAGACGUGGAAGACGGUGAAGAGCAAUGGGCACAUUAUCACGGUUGGACAACCGCCGGCGGCGUGGGAGUAUGGAAAGGGCCGGCCGGAGGAGUUGGAUGACUUUCCGAAUGUCAAGUGGCUCUUUUUUGUUGUCACGCCAAAGGCUGAGACGCUGGACAAGGUGGCGCGGCUGGUUGAUGACGGAACGAUUCAGCCGAUUGCGGUCGAGGUGUUUCCUCUGGAAAAGGUGGUUCAGGCGCACAAGUAUGCGUCGAUACGGAAUAGGAGGGGGAAGGUUGUUAUUGAGUUUGUGCCCGAAAAGAAGUGA